GUUGUCUGCCUCGGCAAGUUGCAGUCACAGCUCACAGAGGUGCUAGUGAUCGAGGAGAUUGAUGGCGUCGAGGUCACCAACCUCCCACGUCAGCCCAAGGCCGAGCCAGCAAAGGAGGCUACGGAAGACUGGGCGGCGGAGACGCUCUACGAAGAUGACCUGGUGCUGGGCGACUUAGACUCGGAUGACGAGGUGCCCAGCCCAGAGCCAAGCUACCCAAGCGGGCGCAUGGCCGCGAGACGGAGAAUGCAGGCCAGGGCCCAGCAAUGCAUCGUCUGCAUGGAGGAGAAGGAGCACACCUUCGUACCUCCGCAUCUGCAGGGCUGCGACUCCCACGUGGAUGGGCAUCGAUUCUGCAGUGAUUGCUGGAUCGACUUCCUGGACCACGGCUUGUCAGUGCUGAGGAGAGGCGUUACACCAACUCCCCUCUCUUGCCCGAUCUGCCGUAGCUGCAUUCACGUGCCCGACGUCUGGACCGUGGAUGUUGAGCUGCCCGCCGCAUGGACGGGUAGCAGCAAGUCGUCCGAUGCUGAGGUGGAGUGCUACGAAGUGCAGGUGUUGACGCCCACCUCCGAGAAUUCGGCUGGGGCCGCAGAGUUCUCCUGGGUAAGCUCGGACAGCGCAGCAUCCACUGACGACUGCGCGGACUCGGCGCAAAAUGGAACCUUCUUUCCGCCCCUGUGUCGCCGUGUCUGGGAUGUGGCCGUGCGCUCCAGCACCGCCGCCCUCCGCGGCGUCCUCGCUGCGGCUUCGGAGGCCACGCGCGAGGGCAACGGCUUUCUCGACGUGAACUCGAUCAACCACUCCUGA